AAUUUAUCUACUACCUAACCGAAUUCCAAAUACACAUGUAAGGGAGUUUGGUAGAAAAGAUGACGAUAUAUGCACACGCAUGAGCUGUAACUAACAAGAGCAAACGAGACGGCGGCAGGAGAGUGACGGAAAAAAAUGGGUUACAACAUAAUGAAUUUCUCCGCCGCUUCAUCAUCGUUAAUCGGAACUCAAACUAACAAUAUCCACAACAAUAAGCUACAAAAAGCGCGUUCAUCUUCUUUUUCUUCAUUUUCACUUAACACUACUCGCCACCGCCACUACCACCGACAACUACACCUUCAUUUUCAAUCUUCCGAUGUCAUUCCUCUCCGUUCAUCCUAUACGCGAUCCCUUUCUCAUUCUUCUAUGACUGUGAAGGCGGUGGCGCAGACGGAGGAGCCGCUACGUGUUAUGAUUUCCGGUGCUCCUGCUUCUGGUAAAGGAACUCAAUGCCAACUUAUUACCAAGAAAUACGAUUUGGUGCAUGUUGCUGCUGGAGAUUUACUUAGGGCGGAAAUUGAAACCGGAAGUGAAAACGGAAAGCGUGCAAAAGAAUAUAUGGAGAAGGGACAAUUGGUCCCUGAUGAAAUAGUUGUCAUGAUGGUCAAGGAUCGUCUCUUGAAGCCAGAUUCAGUAGAGAAUGGUUGGCUUUUGGAUGGAUAUCCCAGGAGCUUAUCGCAGGCUACUGCACCUAAGGAAUUAGGGUUUGAACCUGAUAUUUUUAUUCUUCUAGAGGUCUCUGAAGAUAUUCUUGUGGAGAGAGUAGUUGGAAGGAGAUUAGAUCCUGUUACUGGGAAAAUAUACCAUUUGAAGUAUUCUCCUCCAGAAACAAAAGAAAUUGCAGAUAGGCUUACUCAACGUUUUGACGAUACUGAAGAGAAGGUAACGUUGCGACUGAACACCCAUCAUCAAAAUGUGGAGGCAGUCCUUUCCAUGUUUAAAGAUAUAACCAUUAAGAUAUCAUUAAUGAAUAAUUACCAAUCAAUCGUGUUUGUUAGUAAUGUAUGCUUCCAAUAUGGAGUAGAGAAUCUGCCACCACAUUAG